AUGGCAACUGCUUCGGUCUCGACACCAGUGAAGACCCAUCAUGGGAUCUUCUCCUCCAAGACCGCUGGAGGUCGUAUGCCCCUGACCCCCUCACCUAAUACUCGGGCGACCCCCAGAGCAUCUGACGAGUCGUCACCAUUCACUCCCCAGAAGGCAGACGCAGGCUGCGAGAAGCCCAAGUCUAUCUAUGGCGGUAAUCUAUCAUCAUACUUCGCCAAAUCCUCCGGAUCCAAGAGCACCGUACCAAAGCCAUCCAUCUCGAAGCCUUCGGUUCCCAAGACUUCAGUCGCCAAGACCUCUGCUGUUGCCAAGUCAUCCCGCACACACCGUGAUUCUCCCAAGUCGAACAUUGCGCGCACCCGACAGUCCCCGAAGCAUCUGCAGCUUGGUGUCUCAGAUUGGUCUCUGACCGGUACUGGUCCUGCUUCCUCGUCUCAGACUCCGUCAAAAGAGCGCUCCCGACGGGAAUUGACAACCCGCACUAGACCAACCAAGACUACUGUCCGCAUUUCCCACAAUGCUGGGGACCGCUUCAUCCCUAAUCGAACGGCUAGUGAGGGCCUUGUCACAAGCGGUGCCGCUAAGCCUGACGACAGCCAGCGUCCCAAGACCAGCGGCAGUGAGGGUUCUACUGUUCUGGCCUCUGCUGCCAGUGCCUUCGAUAUCAGCGGGCGCGCAGUUGAGGAUGAUCUGACCGCGGCUUUGGAUAACCUGGGCCUUGAUGAUAAUGAGCCGCCAAACUAUACUCGCCCUGCGCCAGACGCGGUUGCAUACGAGUCAUCCCUGGCAAAGGCAUGUGGUGUGAACCUCAACACUCGCAUUCUUGCAUUCAAGCCACCACCUCCCGAGUCAUCGAAGCCAAUUGAUCUCCGUGCUCAGUACAAUCGACCUCUUCGUCCUGCCAAGUCUCAAAAUGCUCAGUUCCGCCGCCGAGUUCAGACUGCUCCGGAACGUGUCUUGGAUGCCCCUGGGCUACUGGAUGACUACUACCUCAACCUACUGGACUGGAGCUCUGGUAACCAGGUCGCCAUUGGCCUUGAGCGCAACGUUUAUGUCUGGUCUGCCGAGACUGGAACGGUCAGUUGCCUGCUAGAAACUUCGCCUGACACCUACAUCAGCAGUGUGAAAUGGAGUGGCGACGGUGCUUACGUUGGCGUCGGUCUUGGAACCGGUGAGGUUCAGAUUUGGGACGUCGAGGAGGGCGCCAAGCUCCGCAGCAUGUACGGUCAUGAUUCUCGCGUGGGUGUGAUGGGCUGGUCCAAGCACACUCUUUCAACUGGUGCUCGUAGUGGGCUCGUUUUCAACCACGACGUUCGCAUUGCAGACCACAAGGUUGCCGAGCUUGUUUCUCACACUUCUGAGGUCUGUGGUCUGGAGUGGCGCUCCGAUGGCGCUCAGCUUGCUACCGGCGGCAACGACAACCUAGUCAACAUCUGGGACGCUCGCUCUCUUAGCGCUCCCAAAUUCACCAAGACCAACCACCGUGCUGCCGUCAAGGCUCUGAGUUGGUGCCCCUGGCAAUUGAACCUGUUGGCCACUGGUGGUGGAUCUUACGAUCGUCACAUUCAUUUCUGGAACACCACCACUGGUGCCCGUACCAACAGCAUCGAUACUGGCUCCCAAGUGACUAGCCUCCGGUGGAGCAACCACUACCGCGAGAUUGUCAGCUCCAGCGGCUUCCCCGAUAACUCCCUCAGCAUCUGGAGCUACCCGACCUUGGUUCGCAACGUCGAGAUUCCUGCUCACGAGACUCGUGUUCUUCACAGCAGCCUAAGCCCCGAUGGUCAGAUCCUUGCCACUGCUGCUGCUGACGAGAGUCUGAAGUUCUGGAAGGUGUUUGAGCGCAAGCCUGGCAGCAGUGCUUCUGCUUCCCGCGAGGCCGGGGUUGGUAGCAAGGCCCAGCUGACCAAGUCGAUGACUAUUCGGUGA